UCGCACGAAAUCAGUUGACCAUCUCCAGCGACUGUAGAAACACCGUGCAACAUGUGGACGAAAUUGACCGCUCUGCUCUUGCUGUUCGCCGUCGCGACGUCUGUGCUCCUCGACGAACCAGAAAGGAGAUGCGUGGAUGGGAAAAGUUAUAACGAUGGAUGCAACUGGUGCAACUGUAUGGGAGGAUUGACGGUGUGCACUUUAAUGGAAUGCGAACGAUACGAUUCUGAAACCGGCGAAUACGUUCCAACAGAGAUUCUGCCUCCACCGGAAGAUUAUUGGGUCGCCUAAUUAGAGUGUAAUCGUUCAAAUUAUGCAGUGUCUACGGUCUUGAUUUAUAUGGAUCGUAUCUUGCCCGAAGGAAGGCUUCUUCUGCUGCUAAAAAUAUUGUAUGUCUUUAUCGAUCACUGUGCUGUACUGUUGGCUAGAAUUAAUUGUAUGAGAAAUGACAGUGUAUCUGGCACGAGAAUCUACUGAAAUCGAUUCGAGCAUCGGCACCAGAAA